GCCGCCGCCGGACGUUGCUGCCGUUGCCUAGCGAGGCGCUGUCAACAGCGGGCAGCGCGGGCGCGGCGGCCGCGACGGGAGUUGGCGGGCCGUCUCCGCCUCCCGGCCGCGCCGCCCUCCGCCCUUUCUUCUCCUGCGCUUGGCGGUAUCGCCGGGCUGCGCGGUUCUUCGUUAGUGAGAGCUCCUGGAAGCGGCCGGUCCCGAGCUCAGCAGGUUUGGAAAGAGGCUGGGCCGCUGCCACAGCGCUGCCCGCCCGCUGCUUCCCGGCACCGCGGCGUUCCGUGGUUCGACGUGCGGUGCGGCGCCUUCCGAUGUUCGCCCGUUGUUAGGCGGCGGUGCAUCGGUUGCAGAAAACAGUGGAUGAGAUGAGCACACAAACUGUAACAUUUGCAGUGACUAUGUGAAUACCAAGUGGGGAGCACAGAAAUGGAGGCUGGCAUGGAGGAAAUCCCGGUUAAAGUUGCAGUAAGGAUCCGACCUCUGCUUUCCAAGGAAGUACUUCAUAACCACCAAGUGUGUGUGAGAUUAGUUCCAAAUACACAACAAAUCAUCAUUGGAAAAGACCGUGCCUUCACUUUUGAUUAUGUAUUUGGCAAAAACUCAACCCAAGAAGAAGUUUAUACAGUUUGCAUUAAGCCUCUUCUACUGUCUUUAACAGAGGGAUACAAUGCUACAGUAUUUGCAUAUGGACAGACAGGCUCUGGGAAAACUUACACCAUUGGAGGUGGUCACAUUGCCUCAAUUGCAGAGGAUGAACAGGGCAUAAUCCCACGGGCUAUUCAGGAAUUAUUUCAGCAUAUUUCUGAAAACCAUAACAUUGACUUCCAUGUGAAAGUAUCUUAUAUAGAGGUCUACAAGGAAGAACUUCGUGAUUUAUUGGAGUUGGAGACCUCUGUGAAAGAUCUGCAUAUCCGAGAAGAUGAAAAGGGGAAUACAGUGAUUGUUGGUGCUAAGGAAUUCCAAGUAGAAUGUGCUGAUGAAGUAAUGAGCCUGUUGGAAAGUGGCAAUGCAGCUCGUCACACAGGCACAACACAAAUGAAUGAGCACUCUAGUCGAUCUCACGCCAUUUUUACCAUCAGUAUUUGUCAGAAACCAUCUGCAGAAUCUCAGAAAAAUACUGAUGUUCCACAGAAUCCAUCUUGGAAGUCGGUCAGAAUGAUUGCUUCAAAGUUCCAUUUUGUGGAUUUGGCAGGAUCAGAGAGAGUGACAAAGACUGGAAACACUGGUGAACGGUUCAAAGAAUCAAUUCAGAUAAAUAGUGGUUUGCUGGCCUUAGGAAAUGUCAUCAGUGCUCUUGGAGACCCAAAAAGAAAAAGCGUACAUAUUCCAUACAGGGAUGCUAAAAUCACUCGUAUUCUGAAAGACUCGCUAGGAGGUAAUGCCAAGACUGUCAUGAUAACAUGUAUAAGUCCAUCCUCAUCAGACUUCGAUGAAUCUUUAAAUUCACUCAAAUAUGCCAACAGGGCCAAAAACAUCAGAAAUAAACCAGUUGUAAACUACAACCCUGAUCAAGACCGGAUUGAUGAAAUGGAACUUGAAAUCAGAUUGCUCCGAGAAGCUUUGCAGAACCAGCAAGUAAGUAAUCAGUGUUCACAUGACUUAAAUCAAGAAAGAAUUCGAAUCAGUUCGCUAGAAGAGCAGCUCACCCAGCUUCAAGUUCAGUGCUUCAGUUAUAAAAACUGCAUAGAUGAAGCUUUCCCAUUCCUGGUUGACUUGAAUGAUGAUGUUAGCUUAAAAAAAAGUCAGCGGGACAGGUUGCAGAGUUGGAUCACCAUGGUGCAAGAAGUAAGGAAAGAAGCUCUCACCAUGCAGCAAGCUGACAACAGGACUGGGACCAGCCACGAGCCUCAUCAUAUCACAGUCCUUCAGCUAAAGCGGGAACUCAAGAAAUGCCAGCAGGCUUUAGUCAUGGAUGAAGAAGUAUUCAGCCAGAAGGAUCAUGAACUAAUGAUGCUACAGAAUCAGAUAAAGUCAUUAAUACAGGAAAAUGAAGAACACCUGCGAUCUUUAAAGAAGGCUGUAGAAACACAGAGAUUACAGAAUGAGAAAAUGGUGGAACAGCAGAUCCUUAUUGAUCAGCUAAAAGAAAAACUGGAGAAGUUUACAGUUGUGAAAACGCUGGACUUCUCAAGUGCCUGUGAAGAUGAACCUGCUGUUGUGGCAUCUGCAAGGAGGCCAUACAGUGUCCCACUUACAAAGAGCCUGCUGCACUCAUUUCACCCACCUUCAGGGACAGAGACCCGAAAGGUAUAUACCAGUCCCCCUGCCUUCUCCCUGGCUCGGAUGAUGGCGGGAUUCCGUGCUCGCAGCCAGAUGAUACUGAGCUGCAUAGAAGAUCAAGAUGAAGUUCUUCGCUGCCACCUCUCUGAUGAGAGUGAUGGAGAGGAAGAAAAUACACAUAGUAAACAGAAAAGCUCAUUUAAGCAUUCAAUAAAUCGCACAUGGACACGAAAACAAGCUCUGUGCUUUCCCUUUGAGCUAACUGACAUGAAAUGUCAAGUAGAAAAUUCCAGUUUGUCCAACAAAUCUGCACUACAGAAUGACACACCCACAGGUGAAGAGAUGGACAGCCUCCAGAAAAGUCAUGUUUUCAACAUGCAGAAGUUAAAGAAUUCAGAGUUAAGACUCACUGAGGCCCAGCAGAAAAUUAGAGAACUUGCACUUAAUAUCAAAAUGAAGGAGGAACUUAUUAAGGAAUUGGUAAGAACAGGUAAGGAUGCACAGUCUGUAAGCAGGCAAUAUACUCUGAAGAUGUCUAAGCUGGAGCAAGAAUCUGAGCAGGCCAAAAUGGAACUGGCUGAAACACAACAGCAGCUUCAAGAGCUGGAGAGUAAGGAGGUCAGAGACAUUCAAGAGAAAGCCAGGUUACAAAAAGAGUUCCGGAAGAAGAUGGAUGCAGCUAAGUUGAAAGUGCAGGCCUUACAGAAAAAGAAGCAAGAUUCUAAGAAACUGGCUUCGUUAUCUAACCAAAGUGAAAAACGAGCAACAGAACUUGAGCAGAACAUCGUUCAGAUGAAGCAUCAGCAGACCUUGCUAGAGAAAAGACUGCAUGAGGAGAGUGAAAAAAAGAAGCAACUAGAAACAGAGAUUCAGCGAGACCAGCAACAAAUUAAAGAACUGCAGCUUAAGAUGGAACAACAACAGGAGAUUCUUACACUUAAAGAUAAAGAGAUUGCUGCAUUUAAAAAGAAUAACAACUCUGCAGGAGCUUCACAGAAGUCAGAGAAAUUAGAAGAGCAAAAGAAAUGGCUGGACGAAGAAAUGGAAAGAAUUCUCCAACAGCACCGACAAUUAGCAGAACUAGAAGAAGAUUUAAAGAAAAGAGAAGCCAUUGUAGCAAAAAAAGAAGCACUAUUGCAAGAGAAAAGCCACCUAGAAAUCAGGAAACUGAGAUCUAGCCAGGCUUUAAAUAAAGAUAGUAUGAAAUUGUCUUCUCGCUUAAGUAUGCUGGACCAGGAAUUGUGUGAUAAAAGUAUGCAGCUUCAGGAAAGCACUACUGAAGACAGGACAGACAUUCUGGAAAAAAUCCAGGUUCUUCAGAAGGAAAGAGAUCAGCUGCUCACAAGAAGAAAUAGUGUGGAUGAGAAAUUGAAAGAGGGUAAAGUGUUGUCAGCUGAAGAGGAACAUAUCCUUUUCCAAUUAGAAGAAGGAAUUGAAGCCCUGGAGGCUGCUAUUGAUUACAAGAAUGAAAGUAUUCAGAGUCGACAGCAUUUGCUUAGAUCUUCUUCACAAAUCCUUUCACAGAGUGAGGAUAACAUAAUAGGAAAACUAGUUUCCUUGUCUGCUGCUGAACUUAGAGCUAUCCUAUUCAGAUAUUUUAAUAAGAUUGUUGGCCUGCGUGAGACUGAACGUAAGUUACAACUGCAGACUGAAGAACAGGAAAUGAAGGUCAUAGAACAGGAAAAUAUAAUACGUGAAUUAGAAUCUGCGCUUGAACACAUCAAGUUGCAAUGUGAUAGGCAGCUAACUCUACAACACAAAGAACAUGAGAAAAAACUACAAUUGAUACUGCAUCAUUUCAGAGAACAAGAUGGUGAAGGUAUUGCAGAAACCUUGAAAGAGUAUGAAGUGAAAGUACAGCAACUGGAAAAGGAGUUAUUUUUCUACAAGACAACCAGCAGAGAGCUGAAGAAGAAACUGAAAAGCUUCCUUGGAGAGUCAUCCCACCAACUACUCGCACCCUCUAAAUAUAACAAGGCUGGUGACAAGGCAUCCAGUCAAGAUGAAGCAGAAGUUGCAUCUGAAGAGUUGAAGCUGAAACCCUGUAGUCAAGCAGGAAAAAUAAAAGAAGCAGAGAGAACAAAUAUUUUAAGGGCACAGCAGAAUUCGUACAAGCUUGGAGAAGACGUAUCAGAAUUUGGAUGCAACAAAGAGUGCUUGUCAAGCACUGUUGACGACAGACUAGAAGAUGAAACUCAGCCUUCAAAGCCUCAUUCUCUCCUACCUUCUGUCAUCCACAGAAGAGAGACUGUAACACAGUUUCAAGGAGUAACCCCUGUAAAACUAUCUCGGAGAGAGUUACGUCAUAUCCCUCCCUCUGAAUUAUCUUUGAGGAGAUCAAGCCUUGGAGCUGGUGUCAGCUUUAUUGCUCCAGAUUCCAUUGAAAUGGACAAAAAGUAGUAUCACUAAGACAUAGUUACUCGUUAUUGAAUUUUUAAUAUCUGUUGCUUCUGAAGCAAUGUUGCUAAAUUUCCUUGUUACAUGAUAGCCACAGAUAAAUGAAUAAUUCUGCUUUGGUUCUUGUGGCUGGUAGGUACUUGUGGUGUUCACACAGUUUCAGUGAAUAUUAGAUUUUAACUAACAUGGUAUCUAUGGGCAUAUCAUUCAAAGUCCUUUUAACGUUGUAGAAAUUGUAUGAUAUUCGUUUUUUUUUUUUCUCACUGAUUUGGAAAAUAAAAAAAAACUUUUUUUCAAAAACUGCACUGUGAAGUGCACUGUACUUGUGUAAUUUAGGUUUCCUAGAACAACGUGCUACUCUCUUGUGUCAGAAACAAUAAUGAAUUACUUAAUUUAUUUCAAAGUAUAGCUAGAAGAUACAGUUUGCAGAAUCUUGCCCGGUAUUGACAAUGACUGACUUCUUUAAGCUUUUUUCCUAAAUACAUUUCAUACAAACCAUGCCUGAGAUCAAAACUGAUGCCUCAAGAUAAAUUUGUUAUUUGAAAGGAAUGUGAAAGAUUUUUUAAAAAUGAUAUUUAAUUACCAUUAUUUAAAAGUCUUAUUGUAUGAGCUAAAAGUUUUACUC